AUGGCCACGUCUAUACUUGGGGAAGAGCCGCGCUUCGGAACGACCCCGUUGGCCAUGCUGGCGGCGACCUGUAACAAGAUCGGCAACACGAGCCCGCUGACGACGCUGCCGGAGUCGAGCGCCUUUGCCAAGGGCGGCUUCCAUCCCUGGAAGCGCUCCUCGUCCAGCUGCAACCUCGGGUCCAGCCUCUCUGGCUUCGCAGUGGCCACCGGCGGCCGCGGCUCAGGCGGCCUGGCGGGAGGCUCGGGCGCAGCCAACAGCGCCUUCUGCUUGGCCUCCACGUCCCCUACUUCGUCCGCUUUCAGCAGCGACUACGGCGGCCUCUUCUCCAACUCAGCGGCGGCCGCGGCGGCGGCGGCCGGGGUGUCCCCGCAGGAGGCGGGCGGCCAAUCGGCCUUCAUCUCCAAGGUGCACACGACGGCGGCCGACGGCCUGUACCCGCGCGUGGGCAUGGCGCACCCGUACGAGUCGUGGUACAAGUCAGGCUUCCACUCGACGCUGGCGGCGGGCGAGGUGACCAACGGCGCUGCGUCGUCGUGGUGGGACGUGCACAGCAGCCCGGGCUCGUGGCUGGAGGUGCAGAACCCCGCUGGGGGGCUCCAGAGCUCGCUGCACUCGGGCGCCCCCCAAGCCUCGCUGCACUCGCAGCUCGGCACCUACAACCCCGACUUCAGCUCGCUCACGCACUCGGCCUUCAGCUCCACGGGCCUCGGCUCCUCGGCCGCCGCCGCCUCGCACUUGCUCUCCACCAGCCAGCACCUGCUGGCCCAGGACGGCUUCAAGCCGGUGCUGCCCUCCUACUCGGACUCCAGCGCCGCAGUGGCGGCCGCGGCAGCCAGCGCUAUGAUCUCGGGCGCCGCGGCCGCCGCCGCCGGGGGGAGCUCGGCGCGCUCGGCCCGCCGCUACUCCGGCCGCGCCACCUGCGACUGCCCCAACUGCCAGGAGGCGGAGCGGCUGGGCCCGGCCGGGGCGAGCCUGCGGCGCAAGGGCCUGCACAGCUGCCAUAUCCCGGGCUGCGGCAAAGUGUACGGCAAGACGUCGCACCUGAAGGCGCACCUGCGCUGGCACACGGGAGAGCGGCCCUUCGUGUGCAACUGGCUCUUCUGCGGCAAGCGCUUCACGCGCUCGGACGAGCUGCAGCGGCACCUGCGGACUCACACGGGCGAGAAGCGCUUCGCCUGUCCAGUGUGCAACAAGCGCUUCAUGCGCAGCGACCACCUGAGCAAACACAUUAAGACGCACAACGGGGGCGGCGGGGGCAAAAAGGGCAGCGACAGUGACACGGACGCCAGCAACCUGGAGACGCCCCGCUCCGAGUCCCCUGACCUCAUCCUGCACGACUCCGGCGUCAGUGCGGCCCGGGCGGCUGCGGCUGCGGCGGCUGCGGCUGCGGCGGCAGCCUCGGCGGGAGGCAAGGAAGCCGCGUCUGGCCCCAACGACUCUUAGAGAUCCGGAGAGAAGGGCGAGGAAGCGAGCGAGAGAGUAGACAACGAAAGCGAGCGAGAGGUUCGGAGGGCAAAGGACCAGGGGAUGGACGGGCGAGGGCUCCAGGGCCGCCCCCGGGCCGGCGCGAGGUGAUGCGGCAUUCGGCUCGCGGACCGCCGCUCGCCGGCCAAGCCAGGAGCUCCCCUCUGCUGCCCGAGCCCAGACGAGAAUCGAACGCGUGUUCCAGGAACAAAAGCGAACCAACUUGCGACACAAACACUUUAAAAAACUGCACACACACACACACACACACACACACACACGCCGGAGACCUACAACCACAAGCACGCACACUCAAGCGUGCACACACAAACACACCACUCGCACAAACUUCUUGAGCGAAGAGCAAUACAUAGAAACAUUCCCUCCUACCCCCACCGCCCACCCGGUUCCUCCACCCUUCUUUCCUUUUCUCCAAAAACAAGUCACCACCCUGCAAAGGACUGUCAGAACAUUUGAGAACAAACGGGACCUAUAAACACAGACCCUUUGCGUGGAUUAUAUUAUAUAUAAAAUGCUCCAAGUCCUGCUUGAUAUCUACUUACAGUGAAACUUUUUUUUCCUAUAAAAGGAAGCAUCAAAAAGGCUGAAGGUGAGAAAUUAAACUGGAAGUCUAGUGACAGUUUCUCUGUAUUUCAUAACAUCUGUAAAAAUAGGGUUCAAAAGAUUGUGUUCUCUUUUAUUUUCUUGUAAGUGUUCAUUCGA